AUGAUGAUUUAUGAGCAGCACACUGAUCCUCUUAGCUAGUGAAGUCUAUCUUUACUGUCUAUAGUAUGUAAUAACAUGACUGUCUUGUUUCUUGUUUUUUAAGAAAGAUCAAACUCUCUCUUUCACUCUCCUUGCCAGGACCUUUUUUUUUUCUUUUCUGAAAGAAUUCAAUAUGGGUCAAGCAUGCGGUUGCAUUCAAGUGGAACAAUCAAAAGUUGCUAUCAGGGAACACUUUGGAAAGUAUAAUGCUGUGCUGGAUCCUGGCUGCCACUGCUUGCCAUGGUGCCUGGGAUACAAAGUGUCUGGUAUACUUUCUCUGCGUGUACAACAACUUGAUAUUAGGUGUGAGACAAAAACAAAGGAUAAUGUAUUUGUCAAUGUGGUUGCCUCUAUUCAAUAUCGUGCAUUGGCAGAAAAAGCAGCAGACGCCUACUAUAAGCUCUCCAAUACCAAAGCUCAAAUUCAGGCCUAUGUUUUUGAUGUCAUCAGGGCAAGUGUUCCAAAAUUGAGCUUGGAUGCUGCUUUUGAACAGAAGAAUGAAAUUGCAAAAGCUGUUGAAGAUGAACUUGAAAAGGCCAUGUCUGCCUAUGGGUUUGAAAUAGUGCAGACUCUUAUUGUGGAUAUAGAACCAGAUACUAAUGUGAAGAGGGCAAUGAAUGAGAUAAAUGCAGCUGCAAGACAGAGAGUGGCAGCAAGUGAAAGGGCAGAAGGAGAUAAGAUAUUGCAGAUUAAGCGAGCUGAAGGAGAAGCAGAAUCCAAAUACCUUUCAGGGGUUGGCAUAGCUCGUCAGCGCCAGGCGAUUGUUGAUGGACUAAGGGAUAGCGUGCUUGGCUUCUCUGAGAAUGUGCCUGGAACAAGUGCUAAGGAUGUGAUGGAUAUGGUGCUGUUGACUCAAUACUUCGAUACAAUGAAGGAAAUUGGAGCGUCCUCAAAAUCCUCGUCUGUUUUCAUCCCACAUGGCCCUGGUGCAGUGAAAGAUAUUGCCUCGCAGAUUCGUGAUGGACUUCUUCAGGGAAAUUCUGCAAUUCAGCACUAGUGAAAUACAAGCUUUAGUAGAUGUAUGAACCUUGUGUGCCUGCUAAGACCUUUACUAUAUUAUGCUUGCUUUGUGUUUCCUGCUUGUUGAAAUAAUACAAAUUCCAAGGUGUGAUUUUUAAGAA